ACUAUUAGCCUCCGAGUUUAAACGAUUCAGCCAUAUUGUGGUUGUUCACCACUGAAUGACUCAAGUUCAAAACGUGCAAAACGAUUUGACAAUAUUACUACUUUUCCUGCCGAUCUUCACCGGAAAUUUAAAGUUCAAAUAUGUUUCACCCAUUUGAAAUCGGAAGCUAAUAGCUGGUGAAAACGAAUCUGAUCUUCCCAAACGAACGAUCAACAUUCUUUCAAAUAUUGUGAGGAUGACCACAAAUAGCUAUAUUUUAGAUAGUAAUUCCAAGUUGGACUGCAAUGAUUGACGGAUGCACAAAAUUCAACGUAAUGAAGGAAACUUGCAUAUGGAAAAUGAUGUAGAGUUAACGACGGCGACCUAAUUCUCGGAAGUUUGACUCAUUUCUUCAAAGUUUCUGUGAAGUCAGAUGAAAAAUGAGUAAAAUGGUAGCAGUUAUUGGAGCAGGUGGAAGUGGCCUGACUGCGAUUAAAUGCUGUUUGGACGAGGGAUUACAGCCCGUGUGCUUUGAGAGAACAGAUCAUAUAGGUGGUCUGUGGUAUUAUACGGAGGAGUCUGUCCUGGGACAGGCGUCCGUGAUGAGAUCGGCUUUCAUGAACACUAGUAAGGAAAUGUCAUGCUACAGCGAUUUCCCCGUUCCUAAGGAAUUCCCUAUUUUCCUGCAUAACAAAUACGUGAUCAAGUACUUCAACAUGUAUGUGGAAGAAUUUAACCUUAGGAAGUACAUGCAUUUCAAAACUGAGGUGGUGUCUUUGAAAAGGAGUUCAGACUUCAAUACGUCUGGGCAGUGGAACGUAACAACUAAAGACUUGACAACCGGAAACACACAAGACCACGUGUUUGAUGCGUGUGACACAAGGGAAUAUCUGAAAUGUUUGAAAGACUUCCAGGGCAAAGUAAUCCAUAGCCAAGAUUACAAACGACCACAGGGGUACGAAGACAGAAAAAUUGUGGUCAUCGGCAUAGGGAACUCCGCUGUUGAUAUUGCCGUGGAAUUAAGUCAUGUAGCAAGUCAGGUGUUGUUAAGCACGCGAAGAGGAGCAUGGGUGUUUAAUCGAGUUGGAGACUAUGGCCGUCCAGCUGACAUGCAGUUGUUUACAAGAUAUCAGAGAAUUCUAAAGGUGACGAGUAGAGUCUUUGGAGUUCAGGACGAGUUUGUCACCGAUAAAUUGAAUAGAAGGUUUGAUCACGCCAAAUUUUCCCUGCAACCAAACCACGGUCCUUGGACACAGCAAUCCACCGUAAUCGACGAUCUCCCGAGUAGAAUCAUGAACGGAUCUAUAAAUGUCAAAUCGAAUGUUAAAAACUUCACCAAAACUGGCGUUAAAUUCGACGACGGGACUUUCGAGGAUAACAUCGAUGUGGUAAUAUUUGCUACGGGUUACAUAUUUAGUUUCCCAUUCUUGGAGAAGUCCGUAAUAGAAGUAGAAAAUAACAAGAUUGAGCUGUACAAGAACAUGUUUCCCCCUGCCUUGGAGAAGAACACCCUGGCGUGCAUUGGAUUCGCUCAGCCCGCCGGCGCAAUAUUGCCCAUAUCAGAACAACAAAGCAGGCUUUUUGCCAGGAUUAUCAAGGGAGAUGCCAUUCUUCCCAGCAGAGAAAACAUGUGGAACGAUGUGCAUAAGCAGUUAGACGCUUUGCAUCAGCAAUUUGUGGAAAGUCAAAGGCAUACAAUUCAAGUUGACUUCAUAAAGUAUAUGGACGAAUUGUCCACAUUGAAUGGGAAUUAUCCCCACAUAGGGAAAUUGAUGUUGACCGAUCCCAGGCUUGCCGCAACCAUUUUCUUUGGGCCAGCCACCCCAUACCAGUACAGAGUUAUGGGCCCUGGGAAAUGGUCCGGGGCGAGGGAGGCUAUACUCACUCAGUGGGAGCGGACUUUUUACCCCUUGGCUACCAGACCGCUUGGAUUCUCAACAAAAAGAAUCCAAAAGAUGACUAUCUGGAAAACAUGCUUUGUUAUCCUAGUGGCAGCACUGAUUGUUCAGUGUAUAUUGUUAUAAGUGGGAUACCAACCCCAUGUUACUCUGCAAGGAACAUUUUUUCUAAUUACUAUGAAAUGUGUUUUUACAUUAAUAUAAAACUGUAUUUUAGAUACUGAAUGUAACAUAAUACUUACGCAACUUAUAAAUUGCACAAGUAUUAUGCUACAUUUAUGAAUUUAUGAAUCAAGCUAAAUUACAUGUAAUAAGACUUUUUUUAGAAACUAGAUUUUUUAAAAUAUCCGAAGCAUUCACAUAUGAUAUAAAUUAUAAUGGUAAAGGGUCCACCAAUGUUCAGGUAACUCCAUGGUAGCAUUAUUAUCUGAUAAAAGUUUAUUUAUAUCGAUUUAUCAGAAUUAAAAGCAGUUAUCAAAGGGAAUAAAUAGGUCAUUUCAUUUUGUUAAGAAUUGAGAUAUAAUUUAACAGAAUCAUAUAUCAAAGUCGGAAAAUUGCGAUUUUCCUCAAACAACAUAAUAAAAAUUUCUCAACACUCA